UUGCCUUGUCGUUGGUAGUCUCUUGUUACGUCAGACUAUACCAAUAGUAUAGUACCAGCCCUAUUCGAGGCUGCUGCCGGAAGUGCAAUGCGGUCAUCGUUAUUGCUGCUAAUGCUCAAGCAAGACUGCCAUCGGACCAUGGGUGCCGAGGAGAGAUAGCAGAAAGCAAAGACCGAGCAGCUUACUCGAUAUGCAAUCACUCUGCGCACCCAACCUAUAUAAGGAUGACUUCUCUCCCUUGAACGGGAUAUCAAAAUCACGUCCUCAAUACCAUAAGUCCUCAACAGCCUCCUCCACUGAUACUGUUAUACCGCACCUCAAGAUGCACUUCACCAGCCUUGCUGCCGUUGCCAUCACUGCGCUAGCGCCUCUGGCCAGCGCCGUCGGCAACGCUAAAGUCCACAACAACUGCGCAGCGCCCUUCUACCUCUGGAGCGUUGGUAGCUCUGUCAGCAAUGUGCACAAGAUUAACCCCGGCGAAACCUUCAGCGAGCAGUUCCACCGCGACGCUGUGACGGGUGGCAUUGCUCUUAAAAUCACUCGCCAGAGCGACGGGCUAUACAACGGCAGCCCGCAGUUGAUCUUUGCGUACACGCUUGACCCUAGCCAGGUGUGGUACGAUCUGUCCACGAUCUUUGGCACAGACUUCCAGGGCCAGGUGCUUACUGUGACGUCGAAUAACGAGGACUGCCCGACAAUUUGCUGGCCUGAUGGAACGCAGCCAGCUGGAAGCCAGGUGAAGACUUGUGAGCCGAAUUCGGAUCAGACAUUGACGCUUUGCGCGGAUGAGUGUCCUGCUUAG